AUGCUGGGAAACGCGAAUUCUUUGUGUCGGUUAGGAUCCGAUUCUACUUUUGAACGGCGAUUCGCCGGAUCUUUACAACUUCAACAAGUAAGUUUCUGUGAUUUCGCUUCAUUGAAAUUUUAGCUUUCCCUAUGUGGCGUAUUUCAACCACAUAGAGAAAGACAAAAUUUAAAAUUCCCAAAAGAUUUCUAGAUUAAAAAAAAAUUAAGCUUUGUCUGAAGAAGCCGUAAGUUAGCAAUAAAAUUGAUCAAAUAACGUAAUAAUUGACAAAAGUCGUUUAAACUAGGGAAAACAUUGCAGAAGAAAUGUCGAAAGUGGGAAAAGAGCUAUUCCGCAGUUACUUUCCUGUAUUUUUCGAAAUUUGAACACUAAAAAAUUGUUUAUUGCAAAUGCAUAGAAAAAGAUAGAUAUUUUUAGAAAAAUGCGUUAUUUUUGAAAGAAUCAUGUUAUUUUGGAAAAUGCAGAGGAAUGAGCCAGAGGUUUGCUGUGCUGAACACUGAAAGAAUGGAAGUGAGGUGGUAAAUCAGAGAGAAAUGAAAAAAGCCAACAGGCGGCGAGCACUUGUUGGUGCCGCAAGUGACCUAAGGGCGACACCUGCCACAUCGUCAUCGGCUGUUGACCUCCAGGAAAUCAACGAAUCACAGGAACACUUCAGGAUUUCCGGUGGCGACCUGCGUACGGGGUUCUGAAGGCCAACCUUCUGUUUCUGUACAAUAGGGCAGAAGAAGAGCAGAACCAGGGAGCUCCUUUUCUUCUCCUUAUCAUCGAAGAUUGCUUCAUCGAGUUGUGUGAUGAAAACAAGAUCGGCAAAGACUUCACUUUCGAGAUCAAGUUCAAAACGUAAUGUUUUUUUCAGAAAUUUUUACAUUUUGUAGUCUUUUUUCUUGAAUUUCUCAAGAAAAGUUUUACAUUUCGUUUAAGUCUUCAUUUUCUGAUUUCCGUAAAUAAUAAAGACGUUGUUCAAGGACCGGUCGAAGCUUCGUCUUUGCCGCCGAAGAUUUCAAGUCUUUGGGUCGUUGGGUCUCUCUGCUGACCAUCUCGCCCAUGGAUUACAUCCAACUCUCGAAGCAGUCCUUCAGCGAACAAAUCGAGCAGGGACAGAUCAGGACGCUCGAAACCAAGCAAUGA